GUAUCUAGAGCCCUCCUUAUUUUAUGUUGUCAACCCGCUGAUCCUGCAAGCUAACUAGCUAGCACGCGAAGUAAAUCGCUGGGUGAACUAUAAUUCGACUGAGUUUAACGUUACUCGUUGGCUGAAGAAAAUGUCAUUUUAAUCGCUAACAUUGGCUGUGGUUGUCCUGGAGUCGUCAAGAAAGGCGAGACAUUAACGCGUUAGCCUGUUUUCUACAAAGUUGCUAACCAGAUCCGUUGACAGCUAGCUAGCUACUGUAGCUUGGCAGCUAACUGUCUGUAUUGAGUUACCACAGCAAAGCUACGUAGUACGUGGUCUCAACCCUGCACUUCCGAGCCGUCGCCGUCCUAUCAAGCAAUUUUAAGAUUUUACUUGGUUAAAGACCUCUCAUGCCAAUGACACUCUUCACAAAGUGGUCCCUAUUGCUAUGAGGAUCUGCAGAGCCCUGCUGUAAGCCUGAGCCAUGAACUCCGUGUCUCCCAGUGCAGUUCAGUAUGUGGGGGGAGUAGGAGUGGUCUGUCAGGAUGACACCCUCCAGAGAGAGGAGACCAAGAGGCCUCAGCAGCCACAGCUGGUGGACCCCGGUGGAGGAAGUGGCUUUGGGAAGCGGCAGGGUGCUGAUGUCGGUGGGGGUGGAACCAGAGAUGCCACCACCGCUGGAGAGCCGGACGAGGUGGACAAACUCAAGACCAAGCUGAUGUCGGCGUGGAAUAAUGUCAAAUACGGCUGGUCAGUCAAGUCGAAGACCACAUUCAACAAGAGCUCUCCGGUGACUGUAAUGGGCCACUCCUAUCUGCUCAAUAGUGAAGACGAGGUGGAGCGGUUCAGGCGGGCAUUCGUGUCUCGGCUGUGGCUGACCUACCGUAGGGAGUUCCCCCAGCUGGAGGGCUCCACCUUGACUACAGACUGUGGCUGGGGCUGCAUGCUGCGGAGCGGACAGAUGCUGCUGGCCCAGGGCCUACUGCUACAUCUGCUGCCACGAGACUGGUCGUGGCCAGACGCCCAGCAGUUCGCUGAUGUAGACUUUGAGGCUCUGAGACCCCGCUCCCCGUCCCGCGCUGGUGGCGUACCCAUCCCCUCCUUCGGCUACUCCUCCUCCUCGCGGACCCCCACCAUGCCCCAGAAGACCUCCAUGCCAGGGGGCACGGCUCUCAACCAUACCCAGAAGAAGAGGCCCGAGUCGGGCAGGGACAGGCAGGCUGAGCCCCUCCACCGGAGGGUUGUGGCCUGGUUUGGGGAUGAGCCCCCGGCCCCGUUUGGGGUGCACCAGCUGGUAGAAUUGGGGAAGAGCUCAGGGAAGAAGGCGGGGGACUGGUACGGCCCCUCAGUGGUGGCACACAUACUACGAAAAGCAGUUGCCAAGACUUCUGAGGUUCACAACCUGGCUGUAUAUGUAGCGCAGGACUGUACCGUGUACAAAAAGGACGUGGCGCAUCUGUGUGACCAGUCGUUGAACCAGAGUAUAUCAGAUCCUGAGCCCAGUGGUCCAGGCUGGAAGUCUGUCAUCAUACUGGUUCCAGUCCGACUAGGAGGAGACUCUCUCAACCCCUCCUACAUCAAGUGUGUCAGGAACAUUCUCAGGUUAGAAUGCUGUAUCGGGAUCAUCGGCGGCAAACCCAAGCAUUCGCUGUUCUUUAUCGGCUGCCAAGACGAGCAGCUGCUGUAUCUGGACCCUCACUACUGUCAGGCCGUGGUGGAUGUCACUCAAGACAACUUCCCACUGGAGUCGUUCCACUGUAGCUCGCCCAGGAAGAUGCCCUUCAGUCGCAUGGACCCCAGCUGUACUAUAGGCUUCUACGCCAAGAACAAGAAGGACUUUGAGUCUCUGUGUUCUGCCGUCUGUGUGGCCCUAUCGUCGCCCGAAGAGAAGUACCCCAUCUUUACCUUCGUGGAGGGCCAGGCCCAGGACUAUGGACUGGUGGGCCACAGCUCCUCCUAUCCUCACUAUGACACCUCCCCCACCCAUGGCCCCGCCCACAUGCUGCCCCAAGGCAAGCUCAGCAGGAGCAACAACAUAGGCAGCUCUGACGACUUUGUCUUCUUGUGAGUACUGGUUUGUGUUCCUGAGGAACGAAAUGUAAGCAAACUGGGAAAGAGUGACUUAGAAUUUUGGGAUGGAUUCCAUUUCCCUGUUUUUAUAGAGCUCAAAGUGGAUAUGCUUUCUGCUAUAUCACAAACUCUGGCAUUUGUGUCCCUCAUAUUCGAGGCGAGUCUUCAACUGAAUCUCACUGUCGGCCUGUCUCUGUCUAGGCAGAAACAGGUCUUAGAAACUAACGCCAGGCAUUACUAAAUUGGACUGUUGCCCCAUCCCAAAUGGACUCCUAAGCCCUAUACACUUAUGGAGAUCUGACAGAUGUUAGUAAUAUUAACUAGGCUAGGUGUAAACUUCACCAUAUUGCUUAUUUAUACCAAUCAAUUCCGCUCAGAUCUCCAAGGCCGUAGGGAUUUGGGAUGGGGCCUCUGACUUCAUUUUGGGAACAAUAACAACUGGAAACACAGAGCCUGUUUGAUACAUGCUACAUGACAGGGGUCACUAGUAGUGGAAAACAAGGUACUCAGCCCUCUUCUCUCUGACUUGUAUUAUAAUACUGCUGUAUAAUUUUUACAUUCAUUUCUGUUUUGUAAGAUUUAUUAAGUGUGUGUGUGUGAAAUGAUUUGUGUGUGAACUGAAGCUGUUGGUGAGUUGAUUUGCUGUUAAGUUCAGUCCUCUACUGUACUCUUAUAUUCCCUAUGCCAUCUUCAUUCAGUGUCAUGGCUAUAGUACUAUAUUCAUACUACAUGGCUAUAUGAAUUUCAUUGCAGCAUUCCAACCCUCUUUAGUUGUGCUGUCCUUUGACACACCAUUCAGGCAACACAGUAAAUGACCUGGACUGGGCUCCCUACCUAACCUUGCUCACUGUUUUCCAGACCUGGGUUCAAAUAGUAUUUGCUUUUUUCUUCUUCCAAAAGGCACUUACUUUUGGGACUUUUUGCCCUAGCAAGCUCAGAAAACCAAUACUAAUUGAACCCCAGGUCUGCUACACUCUCACACUAUUUCAUCAGCUCUCUCUUGUCAAUUAGGCUACCAGUAUCAACUUGCAACACACUAACAGGAAUCCAAUGUUACAACAAUUGCCCCUUUUGUGUAAUGUGUUACACUAGCUCCUAUCUGGAUGAUGGGAAAUGAUCCAUUUACCAAGAGGCUAUGUCCAAAAUGACACCCUAUUCCCUACAUCGUGCACUACAUAGAGAAUAGGAUGCCAUUUUGGAGGAAGACAGUUUUUGGUUGUGGUGAGACUUGUUGAAUGAAUGAUUCUGAACUCUAUUCCUUUUAGGGUCCUCAUAAUGUUUUUAACAAGGUGGUGCUGCUGAGUACUUGCAGGGGGGGAUGCCUCACUUUGGACUCAGAUUUCUUAGCAUUUUUUAACACAUAACUUCAAUUUAUUAUGGUAGAGUUAAAAGCCUUGAACUUUGGAGACUUGUAUAUUAAUAUCUAAGCCAGUGCUGUUCAAUUCUGGUCCUGGAGGGCCAAAACACUGGUAAUUAACCUGGUAGUUAAUUGCACUCACCUGGUGUCUCAGCCAGGUCUCUCCUUAUUAGAAGGAGAGGAUGAAAACCAGGACCGACAUUGAACAGCCCUGAUCUAAGCAUUAAACCCCCCAAGUUGGAUAUCAAAGUCACAAGCUCCCUCAACCCCAAAAUAAAAAUGAAAUAGUCUCGGAAGUGGUUAAAACACUGUUGAUUGGAUGCUUGAUCUCACAUUUUAAUUAGGCUUCUGACCUGUGUGCAACAGGUAUCCGCUAAGGGGCAAAUCUUGACUUUCACUUAACCUGAAUGUUCACUGAUCAUUCAUUGAAGUCAAUGGGAGAAUAAGUGAGAAUGAGGAUUCACCCCAGUAAUCUGUGUAUUUCACUCUUGUCCAUGUGUAUAUUAUCUCAUAAAGGUGACAUUUAUUUUCUAAAUAAAGUGAAGAAUUGGCAUAUGUAGAAGUCUUAAAUGUGCUAAUGACCACCCUAAUAAGGGACUGCAUUCAUGUGGACAACAUGACUUUGUAAAACUGUUGUAUAGAAUGUUAUUAAAGGUAACUUUUUUUGUAUUUAUUUAUUUAUUGUCUGAAUAUAAGAUGGAUUGAACUCUUGGCCUACAUGUGUAUGUUGUUUUUGUGCCAGCCAGGAUUCUGGCGAGUAACAACCUCCUUAUCCAUGUAUCUAUUGUCUCACAUUCUUUAUCCUGUAUAAAAACCACUCUCCUACGGUGCCCUGAGAAAGUAUUCACACCCCUUGACUUUUUCCAUAUUUUGUUGUUACAAAUGGGGAUGAAAAUGAAUUGACUUUGUGGAGGGAAAAAUUCUAACAAUUAAAAAAAUCUAUAUUUAUACAGUGGGGAGAACAAGUAUUUGAUACACUGCUGAUUUUGCAGGUUUUCCUACUUACAAAGCAUGUAGAGGUCUGUAUUUUUUAUCAUAGGUACACUUCAACUGUGAGAGACAGAAUCUCUCACAAUGUGAUUUUCUGGAUUUUUGUAUGAUUUAUAAGUAAUUAAUUUGCAUUUUAUUGCAUGACAUAAGUAUUUGAUCACCUACCAACCAGUAAGAAUUCUGUGUUCUCCACUCUUUACCUGUAUUAACUGCACCUGUUUGAACUCAUUAGCUAUAUAAGACACCUGUCCACACACUCA